AUGCAGGUCCCCGCCGCGUUCCUCCCGCACAAGGCCACUCCAUCUCGAGGGCGCCCAAAGCGCGCACCGUUCUUGGUGAGGAUGACAGCGCGUUUGCAGUCCACCCCUCACCUUUCUCAUCUCACCCCACGGGCGCCAUCGCGAAGUCGACGCCAUCGUCGAUCCGGUCGCAAUAUCAUGUGCACUACCCUCAGCUCACCCCACGGACAGUUGCAAGCUCACCUACUGUUGCGACCAGCCCUGCUCUUCAUUGGACGGUGGUAAGCCCUUCGCCUAUGGCGGCAAACCUUUCCUCGCUCCGCCCUUGGGUCGUCCGUCACGGAGCCGCCGAACCCGCGCGUUGGACAACAUGACGCCAGAUGAAGACAAGGUGGCCGGCAUAUGGUGCAAGCACCAGUUUGCGCAAAACAUCCGCCGCAGACCUGGACUGUGGAUCAUAUCCCACUGAAGUCCGUUAAUCGUUGGAACAAAUUGCUACAAAGCUUCCGAUCGCGUCCUUCACCGUCAAUGAUGUCAUCGUUGCCACGGUAAGCCACAUGUUUUCCCGGAGAUUCAGAAGCACCUGCUGCAUCAUCAGAUCAUUCCAACAUGAGAGGGUCUCUGACAUUCCAUGCAACUUCUUGGUGGCUUUAGCUGCGGUGCGUGCUGGGCAAGUUGCUUUACACGGCGGACAAGUUCUCUGCGGAGGUCUACGGACCAGUCGUCUUCAAGAUCAUGGAUCACUGCUAUGAUGGUUCGUAUAUCUCGAUUACAGGGGUGUCAUCGCAAUGUGUGUGGACUAGCGUCGCAGCUUGGGUUGGGCACAAAUAA